GUCGAGACGCUGGUGAGAGGCAAGGAGAAGGAAAGAAGCCUCUCAAACUAGAGCUGUAAACGGCAGAUUGUAUCACUAAAUGUCAUUAUUUUGUAUCUGAAGAAGGGACGAAAACUUAGCACAAUGUCGAAGAAUACAAUGUCUAAUCGAUUCAGGACAGUAGACGUUGACGAAUACGACGAGAACAAAUUUGUUGACGAGGAGGAUGGAGGUGAAAAUCAGCUGGGUCCUGACGAGGCAGAAGUGGACUCGCUAAUCAGACAAGGGAACCUGAUGGAGGCCUUGCAGGCAGUCCUGAAGAACCCACCAAUCAACACCAAGAACCAGAACGUCAAGGACUGUGCCGAGGGCCUUGUGUUGAAGGUGCUGAGUGCCUUUAAGAGCAGUGACGUAGACAAGGGAGUCCAGUCUCUGGAUAAGAACGGAGUGGACCUGCUCAUGAAGUACAUCUACAAAGGCUUUGAGACGCCAUCGGAUAACAGCAGUGCCGUCCUGCUGCAGUGGCAUGAAAAGGCUCUAUCUGCAGGUGGCCUGGGAUGCAUCGUUAGAACACUAACAGCCAGGAAGACUGUCUAACAGAGGAGGAGAGGAGCCAUGUUCUACACAGGCUCUAUCUGCAGGUGGCCUGGGAUGCAUCGUUAGAGUACUAACAGCCAGGAAGACUGUCUAACAGAGGAGGAGAGGAGUCAUGUUCUUCACAACGACCAUCUGGUGCACAUUACAACACAAGGAUGAUAUCCAGUAGAUCACAGCGUGUCACAGAGUAGAUCCCUCCUAUCUGUCUCUGCUUGUUUUCAGAUCUCACUUCCCUAUCUCUCCCUACACAGACACACACACACACACACACUGAUACAGCUGUUUCACACAUGCACCCAAACACAUAACACAUGCCAAAUUGGCAUCGUUUUUAGUAUUUUUACUCCAUUCCUUUCCUUACCUAAACCCUCAAACACACACCAGCACAAUGCUACAGAACUCUUCUUAGGUAUGGCUUUGUUUUUCUCAGGAAAAAUCUAUUUUAUAACAGUUAUUUGUCUACCCUGCUACUCUUUUUUUGUUAAAGCUCUGAUAGGCUGGUGUCUUUGUUAAAAAGCUGAUCAGAAAAUUCCUGAUGGAACAAAAGCUUAUAAUUCCACAGAAAAUCCCUAAUUUGUCCUUCUGUGACCCGUGGGGGCAGAGGGAGGGAGGCUCCUGAAAAGCACAGCCACAGAUGGAGCGGGGUAGAUUAGCCAGCAGGGGUGGUCCAGCCAUCAUCCUGUCCUGCCUGCCCAAGUUAAGGAUUAAUACCCACGAUGCAUUACGGCCCCCUUUUACUACUAGCACCACUGUUAUUAAUCCUAGACUGUGUUCCUGUAAAAACACUACCCUACCACUUAGCUAAUGUAAAGGGCAUGCAGUCUAAGUGGUGUCCUAGUAUGGGUUUAGUGAGCUCUAUGCCUUUUCCACAGUGUUCUCUCACUCACUGAAUCAUGUACAGGGCAUUAUCAUGUCAGACUUUGUUGUAAUAUUGUUUAGUAAGGGAUGCAUUUGUAGUGCUUCCAGGACAUAAGAAUAGUUUCACGAAGUUGCAAACGUUCAAUAAAUUCCCUGGUUUUCCACAAAUCGUGUUUGAAGGAUUACGGAUUUAUUCCAUCUUGAUUCCAGGAAUCCUCCAACCGGUAAAACUAGGGAAUUUAUUUAAGUGUUCCAGAAUUUUCCAACCCUACACCUAUGAUUAUUAGUAUUUUGACGAACAGAAUUUGCCUUGGAUGUAUUCUUUGCUCUGUCGGGCCACAUUCCCUCACCAGUAUAUGGUGCAUGCUAUAUCACUGCUAGUCAAUCAUGGUGUACCUUUCUUGAUGUAUUUUUUUAUUUAACUAGGCGAGUCAGUUAAACAAAUUCUCAUUUACAAUGACAGCCUAGGAACAGUGGGUUAACUGCCUUGUUCAGGGGCAGAACGACAGAUUUUUACAGGCCCAACGCUCUAACCACUAGGCUUCCUGCCACCCCCACAUUUAACCUGUGUUUGUUAAAGUGUCAUGGUUUUUCUAUUGUGAUUUGUGAAUGGAACUUUGGGUCUCUUCCUGAUAAUUGAUCAGUAUUUUUUAAAAGCCAUCAGUUUACAAAACAUUAAAAACA